UGAUUGGCUGAAGGCAGCCGUCCAUCAUGACGGACUCUGCGUUUCAUUGGUGGAAGACUAGCCGUCGUCCAGGACUCUCGCGGUACUGCUGCACGAAGAUGGCGGCCGAACUGGUGGAAGCGAUGAACAUGGUCAAAAGUUUCCGGGUCUCAGACCUGCAGACGCUGCUGGCCUCGAUGGGCCGCAGCAAAAGUGGGCUGAAACAGGACCUGGUGGGGCGCGCGCUGAGGCUAGUGCAGACCGAAUACAGCCCAGAGCUUCUGAAGAACGUCCGACAGCUCUAUGAGUCGCGGUUCCCCAAAACACCUGGCUGGCUUGCAGCACGGCGCCCAGAGAGCAUCCCAGUCGCCUACUCAUCCCUCAGCCCCUCCCCCAACGCCACCUCUCAGGGCGCAGACUACCUCAACGGCAUUUCCAAACCCAUACCCGCACCUGCAGCAGAGGUCAAGCUUGUUCCGCUGCCCUUCUACCAAACUUUGGAGACACUGCUGCCACCAACAGAGCUAAUUGCCCAGAACAAUGAAAAACUGCAGGACAGUCAGUGCAUAUUUGACUUAACACCAAACCAAGCAGACCAGAUCCGAAAUGCAAGUGAGCUUCGCCCUGGAAUCAGAUCAAUCCAGGUGGUUCUUAGAAUCUGUUACACAGACUCCAUCGGUGUUCAGGAAGACCAGUAUCCUCCAAACAUUGCUGUCAAAGUCAACCAGUCCUACUGUCACGUGCCGGGCUAUUACCCUUCUAAUAAGCCUGGCGUUGAACCCCGCCGUCCUUGUCGUCCUGUCAACAUCACUCCCUGGUUGCAUCUCUCAAAUGUCACCAACAGAGUCACUGUCACCUGGGGCAACUUCGGCAAGAGGUAUUCUGUGGCUGUGUAUUUAGUGAGAGUUUUCACUGCGUCAGACCUCUUCAGCCAACUCAAACUCUGCUCUGUUGAGAGUGCAGAGCGCUGUCGUGAACGUAUCCAAGACAAACUACGCUUUGACCCAGAGAGUGAAAUUGCAACCACAGGCCUCCGGGUUUCUCUCAUCUGUCCACUGGUGAAGAUGCGGCUCGGCGUGCCGUGUCGAGUUCUAACUUGUGCCCACCUUCAGUGUUUCGACGCAGUCUUCUUCCUGCAGAUGAACGAGAAGAAGCCCACAUGGACUUGCCCCGUCUGUGACAAGCCCGCUCCCUUUGAGCUGCUUACUAUCGACGGGCUGCUAUCUGAGAUUCUCAAAGAGACAAGUGAAGACAUCGAGGAGAUUGAGUACUUAACCGAUGGCUCGUGGCGACCCAUCAGAGACGACAAGGAGAGGGACAGGGAAAGAGAACGCAGCAGCUCGCCAGAGUAUCCUGUUGUUGAUAUAUGCAUUCCCGAAGCAAACGGUCACUCGCCGGCCCACAGCAGCACCAGCCUGACAGGCAAAUCCGGAAGCGGAUCAGUGGGGAUGGGAGGAGCUGCAGGAGGACCUGGUGUGGCACCAGGAGGAGGUGCGGUGGUAGAUCUGACUCUUGACUCCUCCUCUGAGGAGGAAGGGGGCGGGGCAGGGGGAGACAGUGAGGACACUGAGGACAGCGCCGACAGUCCCGCCCAAAAGAGGGGCCGAUACAACUAUGACAAGGACCUGGUCACUGCCUACUGACCCCGCGGCUCUGUCCCCCUCAUAGACUGACACACACACAGAGACAGAAAGGCAGGGGGCUAAACACCUGAGGACAGGAACACAGUAACACACUAGAUGCAACAACCUUCCUCUACGCCCCGAACGUCAGAGCCUUUUAGCAGCUCUGAGUCAUUUCCAGACAGACACACGCAAACAUGCACUGUUAAUGAAUCUUCAUUCUAGAGCGAUUAGGAUUCCUCUUUGUACUGUACACCACUGGAAGCAACUCUAACUCUUUUGGCCAACCGUCACCUGGCAGUGAAUAUCUGUAUCGUCCUGCCUCUACUAAAGAGACUGAAAGGGUCAAGCACCCCACCAUCACGGUUACCACCCCUCUUUUUCUCCUCUUUCUCUCCAGUCUUUCUCUCUCCACCACUGCAUCUCUCCUUGUAUUUGAUUCAGAACUACAGGCUCAUGGGUGUUCAAUGUUUGCAUCGCUGAUUUUUGUGAUGAACAGGCAAGUAAAAAAAAACAGAGGCUUCUCAGUAGUUUUUGGUAAACCGUCAAAAACGGCUAAAGUAAAGCAGCAGGAUUAUCAGGGCGACGAGGCAGAUAUCAGGAGUGUAAUGCAAACCUAAACUUCUCCUAUUUGUGACGUUUCUUUGUUCAGAGUAUGAAUUCAAAGCUUGAAAGGGUUUUUUCAGGAAUUUAUCCUUUUAAUAUUGAAAAAGCAGAACACAAUACUGGCCUCAAUGUGUGAAGCUUUCCAUUUUUAUUUUGUCCUUAGAUAAAAAGAGAACCUACCUCAGUCAUAAAAAGUGAGAGGACUGACCAGAGACUAGCUUAGGACAGCAGGGGAAAGAAGAAUUGAUGAGUCUUUUUGAAGCCAAUUUUUACACUGGAGAUUUUGUUGUUCCUACAUUUUAUGUGUGUUGGUUUGUGUUAUUUUUAAUUCCAUCGCUCCAUUUAGCUUUCUUCCCUCCGCAGCAAAAAAAAAAGGUCAUAUUGAGUUAAUUUGUGGAAAACAAAGCUAUAGGUAUCAGUAACGCAACAGUUGUGGGUGUAACUCGGCUUCUCUUUUAUAAAUUACUGCAGAAAUGUCGCUGUAAGAUGAUCUAUAAGUGAUGAUACGAUCAGCUUAACUCAUCAAAAGCACCGCACGGCUGAGUGCCAAAGCAGAUUUGAAGGAUUCACUGACAGGAUUGUUUUUUGUUUUUUUAGAUUUUGGUGCCUUUUAUGUUCAGUGGUAAAGAUCGGGGGAGCUGUUAGUUUAGUUUUCUUUUAAAAGGACAGAGAGGUGAAGAAGAUGGUUGUGGAACAGGAUUCAGAAGUGGCUGUCCUUCAAGUGAAUCUUAUUUCUUUAAUGUCUUCACAUUCUCUUAACAGUUGUUUCUAAUGAACCUACAUCACAUUUGACCGUACCUCUGUACAGACAGGAGCUGUUAGUUGUUUUUUUUUUAACAGGGACACCUCUGCUGCUGUGGUUUGCUUGUUUCGUUACGCUCGGUCCAGGCUCAUGGCUGUGCUGUUGACCAACGCUGCUUAUGUCCUUCCCUGUGAGUGAAUCCAACCUGGGUCAAAGCAGUGCUCAUAGUACUCUGCUACAUUGGUUUCAACAUGCCUGACACAACCAAACUUAAUGAAGUGUCAAUGAGUGCAACCCCACCAAGCUUAAAGUCAUUGAUUGGAUUACAAAUGGUCCUGUCUGGAACAAGUACAGCUGCUCCAACCAACAAUCCCCCUCGGCCUGCUUUCAGUGUAGAUAAGGUCACAUCUAUUUGCUGGAAUAGCAUAGGACAUUAAUUGCUACAUGCUGUGGACUCUCAAACUCAUACUCCCCUGCACCUGCACUAGUAUUGUCAGUAUGUGAUGGCUGCUCCUCAGAUGGAGAUACCUGUGCUGGUGAGUCGUCAGUGUUUUCUUUCGAGGUGAGAGGUGCUGCUGUGUCGCUAGAGCUGUUUGCACUUUCAUCUGAUUCCUCCUCCUGAGUUGAUGGCCCGUAUGUUUUAAAAGCCCUGACCGCUGUGAUCAGUUCUCCUCAACCAUCACAUGCAUGGGAAAAUGUGAAAGUAGAAGAGUAACAGAUCAGUUCUGCAUUGUGUGUUUCCCUCUCUCUUAUUGUCCUCUUAAGGCGGUAUGAUCAGCGCUGAGUCUGUUUGUCUUUUUACUCAGAUGCACAGGAACAUUUUCACAUUGAUCCAUCCAUCGGGUAGGGUUAAAGAUAGAUGGAGUUAAAUCUGGUCUUCCAUUUCUCUCCUCCUUUGACACUUUGACGUGAGUUACAAAAUCAAUAUACUGAUGAAAAAUGCUUGAUAAUUCUCACAAGUAGAUUGAUAGCACUUUGGCUGUAAUACAUCAGAGCCUGUCCCUGAAAUGGAUCCUGCAUAUGAGGUGCGUUCAAGCAAAAUAAUGUAAAGAUCUGCAAUUUGUAUUUGUAAGUAACAGCUAUACGUAUAAAAAUGACAUUGUUCAUUUGUCGAUAGGUAUAGAAGGUCAUAAUUUGAUAUCCAAACUUUUCUACCUUAUCAUAAAAGAUGAGAGGUGGUGCGGGUUGCUUCUGUGGAUCUGAGCCAGAGGAGUUGGCAGGUUGUCUGGGAGCUGGAGAGAGCUGAGGGUCUGGUCUUUUUUGUAGUGGCAUCUCUUCUUAUAAUAAUGCAUAAGGUAGCAUGGGCAGAGGCUUACAAUCCAUGAUGUAAAUGUUUUGUUUGUUGUGUUUUUUUAUAUGUUCAUAUUAAAAGACAAUAAAAUUUAAAUAAUAUUUUAUUAA